UUAAUAAUUAAUAAUUAAGAAAAAGAAGAGAAAAAUACAAACACAGCGAAUUCUCUCAUUUUCUAUUCUGUCAUUCAACAACAACCCAUUCCCCUUUCUCUCUCUAUAGUAACAGCAUAACAGCAGCAGGAAGAGAGAGAAAAAGGCAUAGUAAUUACAUACCCCGAACGGAGUUAAAGUACAGAAGAGGAAAAAACCGAGGGCGAUCUGAACGGAAAAUGGGGACACUUCAGUCAUGGAGAAAAGCGUACGGCGCUCUUAAAGACCAGACUAAAGUCGGCCUUGCCCAUGUCAAUUCCGAUUUCAAGGAUGUGGAUGUGGCGAUCGUGAAGGCUACAAAUCAUGUGGAGUGUCCGCCCAAAGAUAGACACCUCAGGAAAAUUAUGGUUGCCACAUCGGCUAUGCGGCCUCGGGUUGAUGUUGCAUACUGCGUACAUGCACUUGCGAGACGACUGGCAAAGACACAUAAUUGGACGGUCGCCCUGAAGACGUUAAUAGUUAUUCAUAGAACGAUAAGAGAAGGUGAUCCCACAUUUAGAGAGGAACUCCUCAAUUUCCAACAAAGGGGCCGUGUCCUCCAAAUGUCUAAUUUCAAGGAUGAUUCAAGCCCCAUAGCUUGGGAUUGCUCUGCCUGGGUCAGAACGUAUGGAGUCUUCUUGGAAGAACGUUUAGAGUGCUUUAAGAUACUUAAGUAUGAUAUUGAAGCCGAGCGUCUUCCUAGACCUGCACAAGGAGAAGAUAAGGGUUACGGUAGAACUAGAGACUUGGACAGUGAAGAACUUUUAGAUCAGUUGCCUGCUUUGCAGCAGCUGCUAUAUCGUCUUAUUGGAUGUCGGCCUGAAGGAGCAGCUGUGGGCAAUUACGUGAUUCAGUACGCCCUUGCCUUGGUACUCAAAGAGAGCUUUAAGAUAUAUUGCGCCAUAAAUGAUGGGAUAAUCAAUCUUGUUGACAAGUUCUUUGAGAUGCCAAGACAUGAAGCCAUGAAAGCACUAGAUAUCUAUAAAAGAGCUGGACAGCAGGCCAAUAGUCUAUCCAAUUUCUAUGAAGUUUGUAAAGGACUCGAACUUGCCCGAAAUUUCCAGUUCCCCGUGUUGAGAGAGCCUCCACCGUCUUUUCUAGUGACCAUGGAAGAGUAUAUAAAAGAAGCUCCUAGAAUGGUUUCUCUUCCAAGCGUGACCUUGGAGUAUCCGGAAAGGUUGAUGCUUACAUAUAAAGAAGAGGAUAAUCCUCCACCUAGUGAAGAUACAAAAUUGACGGAGGAGGAACCUAUGCCGCCGCCGCCACCACCGGCGGCAGAAGAAAUUGCCAUCCCAACUGUUGAGGCAGCUGUUCCGCCACCUCAUCCAACCAACUUGGGCACAGAUGAUUUACUCGGGCUGAACGUAACUACAGAAGCUGCAUCUGUCAUCGAGGAAAGAAAUGCGCUGGCUUUAGCCAUAGUUCCAUCUGGCACUACAACAUUUUCCGAUUCAUCACAAGCAAACAAAUUCGAUCCCACUGGAUGGGAACUUGCCCUUGUUACCGCUCCCAGCGCCAACUUAUCAUCAGUUCAAGAGAGGCAAUUGGCGGGUGGACUGGACACGCUAACACUAGAAAGUUUAUACGACGAAGGAGCGUAUAGAGCAUCACAAAGGCCAGUAUACGGAGCUCCUACUCCUAAUCCGUUUGAAGUUUCCGAUCCUUUUGCUAUGUCUAACAAUGUUCCGAUGCCUCCAUCUGUUCAAAUGGCUACUAUGCAACAGAACAAUCCAUUUGGUCCAUUUCAGCAGCAGUCUUCUUAUCCACAUCAAUUCCAACAGCAGCAGCAGCACUUACAGAUGGGCCCACAAAACCCGUUCGGCGAUUCUGGGUUUGGAUCGUUUCCUACUCACCCUCAGACAGCAGCAAAUCCAUUUGGGGGUAGCAGCCUUUUGUAACGAAAUAAUGCACACACCACCACACAUAGUGAAUGUAAUUUUCUCGGCUUUAUUUAGUUGAUUCUUUCUUUAUUUUAUUUUAUUCUAUUAUAUAUAUAUAGAUAUAUAUGUAUUUGAAGAAAAUGAGUGUGAAAAGAGUUGAUGAUGAUGAUGAUAAUGUGUUGUUGAUUCAAUGGGAAGCUGGUUCUUGACUUUGUCUUGAGUUGUAAAAAUAGUUGUUGGGCUCUCUGAAAAAUAUGUUUUAACUGUUACUUGUUAUGAUACUGAGUAGUAACCAGUGAUUUUUUUAUUUAUUUAUAAUU